AUGUUCGCAUGGUGGCCAGCCUGGAAAACUCUCGCGCUGAUCAACAUCCUAGAUGCUGGAGGAGCCCGUUUGCCGCCUUCGCCGGCGCCUGCUGGGCGGAAGCACCAUCCGUGGCAGCAUUUGCCUUGGAACGCGCAGUUCCAACAAGAUCGGAAGCUGGUGCAGUUUGUCUUCAGGAACCGACAGAGAGGCUUUUAUAUCGAGCUGGGAGCCCGAGAUGGCAAGGAGCAUUCGAACACUUAUGCAUUGGAGAUGGCCCAGGGUUGGUCUGGCAUUCUGAUCGAUAUCUUCCAGAACGAGGAAUGUAAGAAGAACAGGCCACACUCUACUUGCAUCCAAGCUUGUGCAGCCAGAGAAGAGGGGAUUCAGACUGUUGUGGAGGCUGGUCUCAACACUGGCUUUCUUCAGUUUGUGGAGACGGACAAUGCCAGCACCACACAGAGGAUUCUCUGUCAAACUUUGCCAUCUAUUCUCUCCAAGCAAGAGGCUCCUGGCUGGAUUGAUUGGUUGAGCCUUGAUGUGGAAGGCGCCGAACUGGAGGUCUUGACACCACUUCUUGACAAAGGCUCUAGUUUUGUUGUUGACGUGAUCUCGGUGGAAACCAAGUCCGCAAAUGCGCUUGCAUAUCGGCAGUUUAUGCGCAACCACGGUUAUUGGUUGGUAGAGAGGAUGGGCUUGGAUGAUGCGCACGUGCGCGAAUGGACCGAGGAUGAGACCGAUUGCCGAAGGUUGAAGGCCGCGGGAAUGUUGGCCUCUAUGAAGAGGAUCAUGCACAGAGCUUUGGACCUGAUCGCCUGGAAGGGAGAUGGUCGGUAUGAGGUUGACAAGCUGACAAGCUAUGCUCGAAAUGUUUCCCGCUGGAAUCUUAAACGAGCUGCCUUAGUGGCCAGAAACAAGAAGUGCAAGAUGGGGGAGCUCGGGCUUCGUUCGAUUGAUUUGCUCUUCAACGUCUUGCCUGGGUUAGAGUCGUUUAGCCAGGCAAUGUGCCGUGGCAAUGGCUUUGAGGGCGAUGAGAUCCAUCGCUUGCUAAGACCUGUGAAAUACGACCUUUGUGCGCCGUUCUUCACCUUAUCCUUGAGCCGAAUGAGCUUUGUAGCUGCGGUGCAAUCUGACUGGCCCAUCUUCCGAUUGCUCCAUGCUCUUUGCAAGAGAGCUUUCCGCGAGUUCGGUGGAGCGCUGAUAGAGUGUAGCCCGCUGGGAUUUGACUUGGACCUUCGCGGCUAUGUGGGGCAACGCUUGAGUCCGGCCUGGCUUCGUGACCAAAGUAUGAUGUGUGGCGCUUUCAGCAGUGUUGCCUCCUAUCUGCAGCGUGCUCGAACUUGGAGCUGCAAUGAGUCGGAGUUUUAUGCUCUCAUCGAAGCCGGAGAGAAGAGCCUCAAGGCGGUGGCUGUGGAGAUGGAGGUGGUGCAGCUGCUGGCGGUGGUAGGACAACUUCGUGAUGAGGACAAUACCUGGCUGCUGCUGAAUGAACUGCAAGAGAAGUGGUUGGCUUACCGUGCUUCCACUCCAGGUGUCCAGCGUGUCCGCCCAGGAAUUCUAGAAUAUUUCGGCCCUCAGAAGGAUUCGGAUUGA